AUGGAGGAAACAACGCAUUCCACAACUUGGGACCCGAACUUGCGGAGGAGGCUUGUCCUGAGGGAUAUAGAUAGGGUCCCGUUCGGCCUGUACCAUGUCCGGGCUGUGGUUGUGGCAGGGGUUGGCUUCUUCCUCGACUCCUACGACAUCUUCUCCAUCAACUUUUUCAUGAUCUACCUCGGCGUCGUCUUCUGGCAGGGAGAGCCGGGGGCUGCUACCAACGGGUUCGGGGGCAACCACGGCCAUCUUCCGUCCACCGUUAACCAGUCCUUGAAGGCGGCGACCAGCGCAGGCAUCGUCAUCGGGCAGGUCCUCUUCGGGUGGCUCGCCGACGUGUACGGCCGGAGGAGGAUCUACGGCAUCGAGCUCGGCAUCGUCCUGCUUGCUACCUUGAACUGCGCUCUCGCCAACCCCAGCCAGUCGAUAAACUCGACUGGUAUCCUCGGUAUGGGCAUCGGCGGGGACUGCCCCCACAGUUCGGUGAUAACAUCAGAAUUCGCCCCGACGAGAUGGCGCGGCGCGAUGGUGGCGUGCCGUGUUUUCGAUGCAGGGCAUGGGCCAGCUCAUGGCUGCAGUCGUGGCUCUGAUCGUGGUCGUCGCCUUCAAGGGCUCGUUUAUCAAUGUCACCGACCUGUCCCGCUGUGGCGUCGACUGCCAAACUGCGGCCGAUCGUUCCUGGCGUCUGAUCGUGGGCGCAGGCGCGCUCCCUGCGUGCUUCGCCCUGUAUUAUCGCAUCACGAUCCCCGAAACUCCGCGCUAUACUUUGACGUGGCUCAGGACAUUGAAAAAGCAGAUGCCGAUAUCAAAGCCUAUAUGGCCAGCAAGUCGACGGCGGCGUGGACUCCCCAGUGGAAGAACGCAAAAGUUCUCAUUGGCACCAUCUUGCCGUGGUUCUUUCUCGUGUCAGUGAUAUCUCCAGUGGCCCAAAACUAUGCUCAGGAAGCCUCAGAACGGACACCCAUCUCGAUCAUCUCUCUAGUUCAACCACAAAAAUAUGAACGAGGCUUCCACUAUGGGGCUUUACGUUGUCGCCCAGUUCUUUUCAACUUUGGCCCCAACACCACCACAUUUAUCGUCCCGGGGGAGUGCUACCCGACCCGUUACCGCUCCACAGGCCACGGCGUCUCAGCCGCCAUGGGCAAGAUCGGCGCCAUCCUGGCCCAGGUCAUCAGCAUCCCCCUUCUCGAGAAGGACAAGCCCGAGACGUGCGCCGGCAACGACUGUUCACCAUUCUUGGACCGCUUGAUGCAGAUAUUCGCACUGUUCAUGCUCCUCGGCACGGUCACCUCGCUCCUGAUACCCGAGACGAAGGGGUCGACGCUCGAGGAGCUUGCGGGCGAGGAGGGGCACGGUAGCAGCUCAGGAGGAGGGCGAGGGGGAGGAGGAGGGAAAGGGCUUGGUGGGGCGACGCAGUGGUGGAAGAACCCGCUGGCCAGCGGGCAGCCGGCUGGAUUCUUCCUCGCGCACCAGCGCGCCUAG